UCAGGGAAGAUUGUCGGCAAGCACUGAGAGCGUGUCGUGUUAAUUGAGUUUUCGACUCUUAAGAGUUAAGACUACACAAAGAUGGUAAACUACACUGAAUUUACCAAAUUGGGCAUCCUUGUUUUCGGGGAAGAUGCUGUCUACCCUACUUAUGUAUAGUUACCACAUAAUGAAGUUUCAUAGUAUAGAAAGAGUAAGUGGGAGCAAUAUCCUUAAAUAGCUAUUACAAUGGUAAAUUUUUGCCGUGACAAAUAAAUUAUAUUGGUAAACGUGUUUUGUUAAUGUAGUCGGACCAACAAAAUAUAUUGACACAAUGAUAUAAAUUUGCUAGCUUGAUUUUUCCGUAAGAGGGUCUACGCCAAGCACUAAUUCUAUAUAGAGAAACAAGUGAGCCGUUGGUUGAACGAUAAUCACAUUCUAUGUAAGGGAUCACCCACCCAUUAAGUCGUGGGUUCGAAUCCUACCCCUCCUUAAAUCUCUGUUAAAAAAAAUCUAUAUAGAGAAACAACUAUAUGUUAACAUUAUUUACAAGGAGCACUUAAUUUACUAGUCAUUUAAGCAACAUUUCUGAAUACAGACAAAUUAAAAAGGUAGGUGGAAGUAUAUACCCCAAGAUGGUCCGACCACUUUGAAUCAAAUAAGAAGAAAAAAAAGGGAUGGAAUCCAUAAAGAGUGAAUAUGUGUGUGUGUAUUUUGUUUGUAGAAUCACUUUCACAUGCAAAAGCACAUGCUAUCUUUUGGUUUUGGUUGGGGUACUUGAUGUUGACUUGACUACAUCAUCAUCAAAGCAUAAUAUAUUACUUUUUAGGCAUUAUUUUUUCACACCCCUCUGUCUCUCUCUCUCUCUCUAUAUAUAUAUAUAGACUAAUCAUUGUAUAUAUAGACUAAUCAUUUUGUAUAUAUACACUAAUCAUUGUAGUAUUAUUUCAAAUUCAACAUUAAAAACCCUCUUGAUAUUGAUGUUUUUGUUCUUAUACAGUUUUACUAUAAUAAUCUUGAUCGGAAAUUUUAUAUUUUGUGUUUGUUUUUGUUCUGAAAUUAGAAUCUUGGUUCCAAUUCGGUGUAAAUUUUAAAUUUUGAUGAUAAAAAUGUUAUUUUGAUUUUUCUCAAAUUUAUUUUUGAGGCUAACCUAUCUGUUUUAUAACUGUAUAUGCCUAUAUGGUAUGAUUCUAAUUUUAUUUCGAUAUAUCUGGCACAACAUGAUUUCUCUAGUAUCAUUGGGCUUUAGUCUUUAUUCUGAAGAAUCUGAACCCCAAUAACAAAAAAUAUGGAUGAAAACGAUCGGUUACGGUCAUUUUUUUCCCAACUUUUUAUAUAAAUUUAACCGGUCAAUUAAUCGGUUAUUGUUAAUUAUUUCAAUUUUUCUGUUAUGGGUCAAUUUUUUCGAUCGAUUCUUUAAAGAAACAUGUAAGUUUCUUUUUGAAAAAUAACUGACCGUUCGAUUUGAGUAUUUGAUUUUAUUUUUUUUUUAACAGUCCUAACAAAAGGUCUCUGGUUGUCUUACAAUGAUAAAGCCCAUGAGGCCAACAUGAUUGGGCUUUCCUCUAUUAAAGGUCUCAAUAAUAAUAAUAAGACCCAAAAGAAGCACGGCCAGGCCCAAACUAGUGAAACCAAAUGACCAUUCUAGCAACCAUUCCCAAAUAGCCUCUAACUCAUACUAGAGGGUCGUAGACGGUCAGGACCUAUCCACAGACCUUCCAUGUUAAGUAGCCACGUAUUGCGAUACGUGGGCUUGGUAAGCCCACGUAUCCCUCACUUUGAACCGUUACCAGCGACGAGGACACGUGUUUUUUUUUCCUCUAUUUAAAACCCCAAAAAGUGUAAAACCUAAACCCCUUAAAACAUUCAAAACCAUAACAAACAUACAUAGUUACAUACCUGAAAUUCGACCUCUCCAACGUUGAAGAAGAUGAUGAAUCUUCUGGGUCUUUUUCUAGUUGUGAGUUCCUUAGUAGCAGCAGGAGUGUUGUCUCCAAACCCAGCUGAGAAGCACAAACAAACUGAAGCAGAAGUCAUAGUAGUCAAGGAAGGUCCAAGAGUAGUUGUUGUGGAGUAUGGUGGUCAAGAAGGCCACCUCCACACCAAAGUCAAAAUCUCACCCCCAGAAGACAAAGAUCUCUCCCAUAUGAUGGACACAACCAAAGAAAAGAUCAAAGCAGGCCUUUCAAUGGCUCCAAAAGAGGAGAAAUACAACAUCCCUAGAGAGCUUGUUUGUGAUGCAUUAGGCAAAUGCAAGCACAAGAUUGCAGAUGCAAUUGCUAAGGCCAAGGACAAGGUGUCCGAGGCGGCGCAUGAGGCUAAAGAUAAGGUCCAAGAAACAGUGUGUUAUGUAGCUUCUGAGAAGAAAGAGAUGGCACAUGAAGCCAGAGAGGCUGUUCAAGAUGUUGCACAUGAAGCCAAAGAAUGUGUGGAAGAUAAAUUGGGAGAAGCCAAGGAGGCUGGGGCGCGAAAAGCCCAUGACAUCAAAGAAGGCGCAAAGGAAUUGGUUGAAAAGAUGAAAGAAAGGGUGGAGGAUGUCAAAGGAGCAGAGCAAUCAAUUGACAAGGCCAAGGAAAAAGUGAAGGAUGUGAAGGACAUUGGGAAGACUGCAAAGGAAGAUAUAAAGGAAUCGGUUGAAAAGAUGAAAGAAAGGGUGGAGGAUGUCAAAGAAGGAGCAAAACAAUCAAUUGACAAGGCCAAGGAAAAAGUGAAGGAUGUGAAGGAUAUUGGGAACACGGCGCAGAAAGAUAUCAAGGGAAAUGUAACAGAGACGGCUAAAGAAACCAAACAAGCAACACAGCACAAUGAGGCUGAUGUUCUAAGGUUCAUGUAUUCAAAGGAGGGAUUAGAUUCUUUUAUGGGUGUGGUUCAGUUGUUGGGGUUUUCCAUGGCUUAUGGGAUGUGUGUGUGGGUUACAUUUGUUUCAAGCUAUGUGUUAGCAGAGGCUUUGCCAAGACAGCAGUUUGGGGUGGUGCAGAGCAAGAUAUACCCUGUUUAUUUCAUGGCUAUGACUUAUAGUGUAGGACUGGCUCUUCUGGGACUCUUGUUGGGGCAAAGAAAGAAGCUUUUCUCAAACAAGGUUGAAAUGUUGCAAGCAUACAAUCUUCUGGCUUCACUCCUAAUGGUUUUGACUAAUGCAUUUUAUUUGGAACCUCGAGCAACUAAGGUAAUGUUUACGAGGAUGAAAAUAGAGAAGGAAGAAGGCGCACUGCCGGAAAAUCCAGAACUAGAGGUGGUGAGGGUGAGAAUAGUAAACCUUAAUGCGAGGCUGAAGAAGCUCAAUUCAUAUUCAUCCUUUGUAAACAUCCUAACUCUGAUGAACCUAACUUGGCAUCUAGUCUGCCUGGGCCAGCGCCUUCAUGAGACGUGUUAAGAAUGUGUGUGAAAAUCUAGGAUAGAUUUUGUAAAUGUAGCGGUAGGUUCAGCUCAAGGACAGUAGUGUUUUGUACAGCAGUUUUGGUUUUUGUUUAUGUUCUAUCUAUACUCAAGACAUAAGGUGCAUAAACUAAAUUCAUUAAAAUGCAUACUGAGAGGGGUCUUUUUCACUUACUGAUCUCUCAACAGUUUGUCCGUGCAUGGUCCCAGGAUCAAAGAAGGCAAGGAACAAUGACCCAACUGAGUCAAUGCAUCUA